AUGACAGACACUCACCAACCUCCAUCGCGGAGUUCUAUCUCUGAAGCUCCUCAAACAAAUGGUCCUAUUCCCCUCUUUGAUGUCCAGAUUCGCUUCUUGAAUGAUUCUUACCUCAGUUUCUUUAAUGAACGGAAACGAAUCGAGGACAAUUAUGUGGAAUCGCUACUGAAAUUGUACAAGAAGGUCAAAUCAAUAGACUCUUUUCUCGAUGAUCGGAGCGAUAUGAGCACGGCUCGAGUUGCAUGGGUAGAAAUAAGGGAAAACAUUGAGCGAGAGGCUCAAGCCCGACAGGCAUUCCUUCAUACCCUAAAUUCCGACAUCAUAACUCCUCUUACGUCGCUCAAGGAUACCCAGGAACGAAUAAGAAAGCGAAUCAAAGAAGAUCUCAAGGAAUCCACCUCCGCGUACAACGAAUACGCCGAAGUCACUUUACCCAAAUUAAAGUCGCGAUAUACGAAAAAAUUUGCUGAAGUAGAGGAAUCCAAACGCGCAGCAGCCAAUCCUCCGACUUCACCUACAAUUCCCACUGGGGACUAUCAAGUACUUUCUAAAUUCCCAGGUCCAACUCGACCAAACGUCACCGCACCCCAACCUCUACGGGCUCUUGAUCGUCGGCCGUCAGGUAGCGCUCCCGGUGCCCGAAAUCGAUCUCCUUCUUCCAACACUGCGUUCGCGGAUCUCGCCCAACAUGGCAAAAAGCAACUAAAUAGUCUCAUGGGCUUUUUGGACAAGAGUGGAUCUGUGAAAGAAAGUCUUGGCGGGCGAGAGAAUAACAGCGCUUUGCGCACUGUUCGGGCAAAGAGGGAACUGGAAGAGGCUGAUAAGGAGUAUCGCAAGGCUGUUUACUGGCUUGAGACUCUGAGGUUGAGACGAACGAAGAUACUGGAGAGUGGGUACAACAGUCUAUCCAUGUUUGUCGAAGAAUGUUCAACGACUGUAAAGGUCGCUUUGGAGAGAUAUACGGACAAUAUGACAGCUACGACUACUACCCAAACUCAACUUUCGUCUCACGCCCGUGGCGUCGUAAACAAGAUUUCACCAGAAAAAGACAAAAAUAGGUUCAUGUCAUAUAUCCCUCGCUCACUGGCCUCUGCCAUACCCGAUCCCAUACUUUAUCAACAUGGCCAAGUGGGCGAAUGUCAUGACUUGGCGUUUGGGUUCAGCCUCCUCGACUAUGCCACGACCAAGAACUUGCCUGAGAGUGAAGUCCCGAAAAUUGUCAAGGUGUGCAUUGCGGAGAUCGACAAGCGAGGAUUAGAUGCGGAAGGGAUUUAUAGAGUGUCUGGGAGGCACGCGAUUGUGCAGACUUUGCAGCAUGAGUAUGAGAAGGACGAGAAAAAGUUUCAGUUCAAAGCGAAGGAUGAUAUUUAUGCGGUUGCGUCUUUAAUGAAGCUGUAUUUUCGAGAGCUACCUGAACCAGUAUUCAGAUUCUCAUUACAAGACCGCAUACAGCAUACCCAGGAUAUCGCGGAACACCAUUCCAACAACUUCGCCCUACUCCGUUCCAAAAUGCGACGCCUACCCGCUGUUCACUACGCUACCCUUAAAGCCCUCGUCGAACAUCUCGCGCGAGUAGCAGCUAAUUCCGACAAGAACAAAAUGGACCCAAAAAACCUUGCAAUCGUAUUUGGUGGUGUCAUAUUUGGCGAAGACGAAAUCCCUAAAACCGGGGAUCUAUUGAGCGUGCAACAAUGGAAUGAUUCGUUGAUGGAAGAUCUUAUCAGCAACGCUCACACGCUCUUCUCCGAAGAUUCAAAAGAGUUAAAUACUAACAACAACAACAACCGUGCACAUCCGUUACCGGCCCCUCCUCCAGGAGAACCCACUCCUGUGUACUCGUACGGAUCCAAGACCACGAAGAUCGUCAGCAUUCCCCCGCCUCUGCGUAAUAUAGGUUUAUCACCAAAUUCAGAAGACUUUACGCCGAAAUUGCCUCCACGCCCGGCGAAUAGCAUUCAUCCAUCUGCACGGGGCCCAUCGUCUCCGACGAAGGAACGUAUGAACACGGAUAUGGGCCCCCCACCGUUACCCUCACGACUUCGGCCCGCACAGUCGCAGGGCUCGUUAGGCGAUAUAACACCACCGCAAAGUUCACCUCCCUCUGCGACUUCGUCCGUCUUUGAAACGGAUGAUUCUGGGUCGGUGAAUGGUGGUGGUGAGGAAAGUCUUACCCGGACGUCGUCUAUAGCAGAUCCGCGGUCACCCACUCUACCGAUUAUAGGCGAAUCGGAGUCGGGCGAGACAGUGAAGGUCGUGAUACCUUCGAGUCCCUCUUCUGCGAGACCACCAUCACCACAUCAUCCGUAG